AUGAAUUAUACAAACUAUAUCUUAGCUUUUCAGCUUUGCGUGAUUUUCUGUUCUUCUGGCUAUUACUGUCAGGCCAUGUUUUUUAAAGAAAUAGAAGACCUAAAGGAAUAUUUUAAUGCAAGUAAUCCAGAUGUAGCAGAUGGUGGGCCUCUUUUCUUAGAUAUUUUGAAGAACUGGAGAGAGGAGAGUGACAAAACAAUCAUUCAAAGCCAAAUUGUCUCCUUCUACUUGAAACUGUUUGAAAACUUCAAAGAUAACCAGAUCAUUCAAAGGAGCAUGGAUACCAUCAAGGAAGACAUGCUUGUCAGGUUCUUCAAUAACAGCAGCAGUAAGCGGGAGGACUUCCUUAAGCUGAUUCGAAUUCCCGUGAAUGAUCUGCAGGUCCAGCGCAAAGCGAUAAAUGAACUCAUCAAAGUGAUGAAUGAUCUCUCACCAAGAUCUAACCUAAGGAAGCGGAAAAGGAGUCACAGUGUGUUUCCCGGCCGCAGAGCAUCGAAAUAAUGCUCAUCCUGU